AUGAGAAGUCAGUCCGACGAAAUUCGCAUUUUUCGGGCUCAAAGAAUCCUUUUUCAGGUUGAUCAGCUUGACAAACUUGGAAAAAAAUUUCAAAAUGAAUAUGAUCAAACAUCAAAAGUUGUCCAAAAGCUUGAAGAAGAGCCACAAAAUCAAGCAACGACUACUGAGCUCAAUCGUUUACAGCAGCUGCAGAAAGGUCAUCGAAUAAAAAUCCGUUUGACUGGUUUAAAAGCUGAAAAGGCAGCUGACGAUCGCGACGCCGUGCUUUCGAAAGAGUGCCGUGUUUUCAUAAAAAGACUUAAUAAUAAACGCGGGACCAUUUUGAUUCUCGGACUUCCGAAUUCAGGAAAAAAGACAUUGCUCAAUACAUUAAAAGAAAACAAAUUCGAUCAAUAUUCAUCCAGUUUUUCUGCUGGCUCACAACAAUUGCUAAUCGGAAACAUGAAAUUCACUUGUACAAAUAUCGAUUUACAGCAUGAUGGUCGUUUAUCGAGACAGAUUCCGAUGAACGAUGCAAUUAUCUUUCUCAUCGACUUAACUGAUCCGAUUCGUUUUUCUACAGCUAAAGAAAUCAUUAUGUUCCUAUUAAAUGACAAAGAAAUUUCGAGCAAACCAUUGGUAAUCGUUGGAACAAAAAAGGAUUUAUUUGCAAACGUUGAUGAAGCUGAUCGGAUAUUUCCCUGCUAUUUCGGCCGGAAUCCGGCAGCAAGGAACCUGCUGGAAUCGGCGAAAACUGUGCCGAAAUCGAGAAGAGCUGUACCGGAUCCGACUCAGAUUUCAACGGGUCCAGUCGCCGGAAUGAUCGACCUAGGUUGGUAUACAAUACAUCAAAAUCGUUCAAAUUUUAUUUGGCAAACAUGA